AUGUAUCUUCAUCCAGCAAAUAUACAAGCUGCACGAUAUCACGAAGAUCUUUGUAAUUUCGCUGCUGUUGUCGUUAUAGAUAGCCAUUUGGAAUUAUCAUUUCUACAACUUAAGCCAAGCGAAUAUGAACAACAACGAAAGGAAAAGCUUGUACCAACGGCAGAUGUUGAAGAUGAUUUAGAGGAUGAUAAAAUUUAA